UCUUUCUUUGCUCGUUUGUUUACUUUUCAUACUACUUCCCUGUUUUAAUCACAUCCCCUUAAUACUCACGGGAACGGUCAUCCGGAAGGCAUGGCUGACAACUCUCGCAACGGCGUACUCCGGGUGUUGGGGGAAGUGCUUCCGGUGUCAGCAAAGUGGUCUAGACUUCACCUGGGGAGACUGUGGCUUCUUAUCGGUUGGAGUGGAUGGUCCGGUCAGCGCUUAUUCAAAUUCUGUACCAUGAUCUACUUGGCCUGGUCGGGAAAAGGGGACAUGUCUCGAUACCCGGCCCUGCUCUUGAGAAGGAUUUCAGCGUUUCGGUUUUGGGCGGGAGGAGAAAAGGGGAUAUAUCUCUGGGAGGGCAACCGAACCGAACCCGAGGGUCAGGGUUUCCGGCUGGAGAUGUCGAAGCAAGACAGAGACGGCCCGAGUUUACGACAUCCCCGGCCGUCCAAAUCUACUACUUACGACCACGGAUCAGCUUUACUAGGUGACGUCGUCGCCCUUCGAUCGCAACCCAAGCAGCCGGAGAAUAUCAGGCUGCAUCAAUAUUACGGGUACCGGAGGCGGGGAGAGGCAUGUAACAAAGGCAGGCAGUCGUGGAGGGGUAGUACUACUUGUGGAUGGAUUGCUUGGAUGAGUGAGGGUUGCAUAUCUGGGUUUCUGUUGUGUUAAACCCCGGCUCACUCAGUCCUCGCUUCUAACCCUUCCUUUGCUCUGCCGAAAUCCGGUUUCUCAACAAACACGCGGCUGUCGCCACAACACAAACCAUAUCUUGUUUUCCUAGCCUUCUUUUCCCGCCUGCUUAGUUUACUUACCCCUCAUCCUAUUUCAUGCUGUUGUUGUGUAGCUUAGUUGUCUGUCUGGAAUAAAAGGUCUCUGUGGUUUCGCUGCUCUUUUGUGGGUAGUGUUCGUCAGCGUGUUCCGUUCUACUUGACGAUACAACGACCCGACUUCAGACUGUUUUAUCGCCAACCCUUUUCCUGCAGAGCCGACUGCACCAGCUUCAAUUGCUCGGGUCGAGUCAGUCUCACCGCAAGUUAGUCCUUCCCAACUACCUCCAGCUUCGAGAGUCCGAUGUAACUUGGGGGAGGAACCAGGAUGG